GCGGCGGUCGGGCAACACGCAUGGCAUCGGCGGCGGCAGUCGAGCGCGCGGUCGCCAGAGGAUGGUGUCUCGCCAUGAGCCAUGGCACGUUUAAGGUGACCCUGUCCAUGAAGAAGGAGCCGCACGGCAGCCCCGUCUACUGCAAGAUGGACGGACAACGCUUCAAGCAGGCCAAAACCGUCAAACUGCACACGGACACCACGUACCGGAUAGACGUCUCGUUCAAACCGCCCAGGAGUCUUGAGAAAAUCACCGUGUUGGGCCAGGACAUGGAGGCCUGCGAGAGGUGGCGCGACUCGACGGCCUCGGCCUACUCGGGCUACUACACCACCCAGGGCAUCAUUCCGUCGCGCAAGGGCCAGCGGGAAGACAUGCCCAUUGUCAUGCGGGUUAAGGAGACUGGUGAGCUGAGCACGUGUCUGCAGAUCAAGUUCUACCGGCAGGCGGACGUGCAGCACUGCGAGUGGGGCUCGCGGCUGCACUGCAUCGAGCUGGACUGCAGCGCCGCCGAGGGUUCGCUGUCAGUCACGGUGAACAAGCAGACCUUCCGGAAAGUGGGGACAGUGUAGAGGUGGACCUGGACAGCAUCCCUUUCUUCAUAGCGCAGCACAGCCUGGUGGAGGAGGAGGCCGCCGAGCUGCUGGCCGCCGCGGCCGCCGCCGAACACUUGUGAUAGAGACUCUCAAUUCAUCCCUCUGAAACUCUCAACUCACUCGACUGAACCGCCAAAGACGAGGGCACAAUCACGCCGGCACAAUCGCAACUUCGCUCUUAAAAUUAUAAUUAUAUAUCCAAACUAAUUAACAUUAAUUAUUAUAAAUAGAAAAAUAAUAUUAUAAUUAAAAGAAAAUUCUAAUGUUACUAUAUCUAAAAAUCUAUAAUAACGAGAACUGCUACUUUCAACUGCUGCUGUGUAAAUAGAUGAAAUUUAAACUUGUUAUACAUGCGGUUGUUUUGUCCGUUUUUUGUUAUUAAAGGGUUUGAAAGCAUGAGA